CCUCGUCCGCGGCGCGAACGCGAAAGAGGAAGAAGAAGCACUGCAGAAACCCUUGGCGAGGCACGGAAGCUUUAUACAGCCCUGAUAGCACCACCAUGACCUCAUAAUCUAGCAAAAGGACACCCACCCACCCACACACACAAGGACAGCCAAGGACAGCACACGCACACAGCCAUGGCUCGCGCACCGGCUCCCAUCACGAAGGAAAAUUUUAAGAGAUUUUUAGACAGUUUCGACACCGUGCUGACGGACUGUGACGGUGUGAUAUGGCGUGGGGACGAACUGGUCGGCCGCUCCAACCAGACCCUCAACACGCUGCAGGCGAUGGGCAAGAAGGUGUUUUAUGUGACCAACAACUCCACCAAGUCCCGGGACGAGUAUGUGGCCAAGUGUGAACGCCUCGGCUUCAAGGCCACCAAGGAGUCCAUUCUGAGCUCAGCAUUCGUGCUGGCGCAGUACCUCAAACAGCAGGACUUCAAGAAGAGGGUGUACGUGGUGGGCACCGGCGGCAUCACACAGGAGCUGGACGCUGUGGGGAUCACACACUGCGGGCCACAGAAAGAGGUGUUUGAGAGUGGCAACAUCCUUUCCCUAGCAAACACCAUCAAGCUUGAGCCGGAUGUUGGCGCCGUGGCGGUGGGCUUCGACCCCUUCUUCACCUUCCCCAAGAUCCUGCGCGCCGCCUCCUACCUGGACCAGCCGGGGUGUCUGUUCCUCGCCACCAACACCGACGAGCGAUUCCCUGUCUCCUCCAAGAACCUGGUGUUUCCUGGCACCGGGUGCAUGGUGCGGUGUGUGGAGACAGCUGCUGAGCGUCCACCGGUCAUCAUGGGCAAGCCGUCUACCAAGAUGUUCACUGUCAUCCAGGAGAAGAACAACCUGGACCCCAAACGCACCAUCAUGAUAGGAGACAGGUGCAACACAGACAUCCUCUUUGGCAAGAACUGUGGCCUGCAGACCCUGGUGGUGCUGUCCGGCGUGACCUCCCAGGCUGACCUCGACACCUGGGCCGCUAGCAGUGACCCCGAGCACCACCGCCUCCUGGCUGACUACUGCCUCACCCAGCUGGACGAGCUGCUGCCCCUCCUGGAGGCCGAGACGCAGCACACCUAAUGGUCCACUCACCCAGUCCUGCUGUGCUGAGGCUGGACUCACCGCAGCACACAGUCCUGCCACCACCCACCACGGCUGCUGCACACUCACUCACCAGGCUUGCUGUGGGACUCUUCACACUGAGUGCUGGCAAUAAGCUUCACCUCUCAAUGUAACUCUUUUUGCCAGAGAGUACACACACACACAUACACACCUAGAUGAUGCCCCAUCCCCAACACUCCCUCAGUUGAUAGCCCAACUCUAUUCAGGCCAAUGGUGUGGACAGGUCACUUCCCUCACCUACCCCCUUAACACACUGCAUCACCUGGACCAGGAUACCUGGGCCAGGACACUCCUGCAGCACACUACACCUGAUCCAGGUAGGUGAGUAUCCCACUAAAUAGCAUGGCAUUCGGUGUGAAUGACAUCACUGACUAGUGAAGGCAAGGCAAGCCACCUCUCUCAUCUCCUGUGUAGCCAGUGUUGCAUCUGGUGUGGACGGCCUUCAUGCUGGGCUGGGGCUGGCUCUAUUCAUGCCCCCUGACCCCAUGAUGGAGACAGUCAGUGCAGCAGCUUGUCACUUGCAGCAAGCAGUCCCCAGUGGUUGUGUUAAUAAACCCACUUUGGCAGAUGAUAGAGUAUAAUCAACCAAGUUAUAUAUAUGGUAAACUGUCUAGAGAGCAAGUUGUACAUCUUUCAUCUGUCAGUGGGGGUUUGAUUCUCAUCAAGAUCACAUCAGUGUGAAUAUCUCAGUUUCCCAGCAGCUGCUGCCCCUCAGGAUAAAAAUUCACACCAGCCACUGUUGAGGAGGUUGAGGCCAGCCGCACCGGAAGGCUCAGACACGUGCAAUCACUAACACACAAGAUCUCAGCCACUGUACUCAGAUGUCUCAUGUUAUAUUUUAUGCCUAUUUAUUGACUACCUCGGUGUACUUAUUUACUCUUUUAAAUAUUUAUUGAUUUUAAACUUUAACAUAACAGAUUAGAGCUCUUAGAACUUUUGUGGAGUGCUGCUGUGGCGGCAGACCAGGGCCUGAAACCUCAUCAAGGGUAGACAGACAGUCCUUGGCUUGAAAUAAAAUGUUGAUGAAGACUCGACUACAAAGUUUUUAACAGUAAAGGAAAGAAACCCACUAAGCUCUGCUCCUCCAAAGGCAAUCCGGAGUGGCCAGAGGAGAGGUUAGCAUUGCUUCCACAAAGGUGACAGAUGAAACCAAACAGACUAUCAUCUAAUACUGAUACUGUUACAAAUAGUACAUGUCGAGUAUACUCAGAUUACCAAACUAUAUAAGACCACAGGUUUGCAAUAACAAAUAAUAACACACACACACACACACACACACACACACACACACACACACACACACACACACACACACACACACACACACACACACACACACACACACAAUGAUAUGGUGGACGGAGGGACCAGCUAUGUGAGUUUGUUUGCAGAUGAUGCAAAGCUAUUGAGACGAGUCAAUGAUGUGAAAGACUGUGAGGCAUUGCAGAGGGAGCUGGACAAAAUAUGGGAGUGGAAUGGUACAUGGCAGAUGGAAUUCAACCUUGGGAAAUGUAAAAAAAUAGAGUUUGGUAGGAGAUGUGAAUAUGAUUAUAAGAUGGGAAGUGAGAUAAUAUGCAGAAGAAUGGAAGAAAAAGAUUUGGGAGUGACUAUCUCAGGGAACAUGUCACCGGACAAACACAUCAACAGGAUAACGGGACAAACUGUGAAUUUGCUGAAGAACUUAAGGACAGCAUUUGUGUAUUUGGACGAAGAGAUGAUUAAGAAAAUAAUAGUUACAAUGAUAAGGCCAAGGUUGGAGUAUGCAGCAGUGGUCUGGUCUCCUCACGGAAAGAAAAACAUAAGAAAGCUGGAAAGAGUACAGAGAGUGGUAACUAAAUUGGUACCAGAACUUAGGGAUCGGACUUGCGAGGAGAGACUCAAUAGCAUGGGGCUCACAACCCUGGAGAGAAAAAGAGAAAGAGGAGACCUGAUAGCGGUGUACAGGGUGGCGAGCGGGGUGGAGAAUCUGGACAGAGAGGACCUGUGUGUGUGGAGUGAGAGAGAAACGAGAGGAUAUGGAAAGAAGUUGAGGGCGACCACGUGUCGGCGAGAUGUGAAAAAGUUUAGCUUCCCAAACAGAAGUAUUGAGCUGUGGAAUGGACUGGAGGAGGAGGUGGUUUGUGCAAGAAACAUUCAUGAUUUUAAGGAAAAGUUGGAUAAGAGAGGAUAUGGAGACGGGACAGCACGAGCAUAGCUCUUUUCCCGUAUGUCACAACUAGGUAAACACACACACACACACACACACACACACACACACACACACACACAGAAGUGUGACAAGAGGGAAUAGUAAGAAAUUGAAGAAGAGCGACUGUGGAAGAGACAUCAAGAAAUAGUUUUCCAUACAGAAGCAUAACUACAUGGAACGGACUUGACAAGGAGACUGUGUGUGCAAAAAACGUUUCAUGAAUUUAAAGCCAAACUGGAUAAUAAGCAUUAUGGAGACGGGACAGCACAAGCCUAGUAUGACUCUUUUCCUGUAUUUCACAACUAGGUAAAUACAACUAAGUAAAUACACACACACACAUUCUAUAACACCAGAAUAUAUAACAAUGCAGGGAAGGAGAUACAAGAUAUAUUCAGAAUUAUUUAUAUUGAGUUGUAUACAUUUCUUUCUAUCAAUACUUUUCAUCCAUCAAUCUAUCUAUCUAUCUAUCCAUUUAUUUAUUUACUUAUUCAAUGCUGUAACAAGUUUCCUGAGCUCGCUUUUAAAUUUUCCAGGCGCACAGCUGUCUUUCACUCCCAUUGUAGUGUGUUAAUGUUAAGUAGAAAGUCAGUCUUGUGUAACAGCUGUCCCCUCCCAAGAAAUAGUGGUAGUAGUAGUAGCAGUAGUAGUAGUAAUAAACUAGUAAUAGUAGUAGUAAUAGCAGUAUGUGUUUUUGAUUGUGGAAGAAAUUUAAUCUGAAGAAAACAAGUGGUAGUGUUGGUGGUUAUAGUAGUAGUAGUAGUAGUAGUAGUAGUAGUAGUAGUAGUAGUAGUAGUAGUGGUAGCAGCAGCACUCAUGUAAACUCUGGUGCUUUUUAAAUUACCCUUGAAAAAUUAACUGUAAAAAUGUGAUGCUUCUAAACUCCCCUAUUUAGUAGCUAUAUUUAUAAAGAAAAAUUCAACUAUUUAUAGCCCUAUUACAAGAACAUAGACUCAAAUAUUUUUUUAGGACACCAAGUUGUGGCAUAGUUUUUACUUGCUUUAUAUAGAUUAUUUUGUAUCUUAUAAUAAAAACAAGCAAUGUGAUAAGCCCUUUUGUGUGACAAGAGGCUCGUUAGAGUGUUCAUUGAUGUGAGACUAUGAGAGAAGAGUUCAUUGUAGGCAAAUAUAUAUGUUAUGAGUAUAA